AGUGUCUAAUUACCGCUGUCUGGAAACUGGAAUGCUAACAGUUAUAUAGUUGGCACACUUAAUCAGAAUCCACACAAGGCAUAUGCAAGGCUAACACUAAUCCCCCUGUCAGAGGGAUUUAAUCUGGUUAGCGUUUAGCCAUCUGUCUCUAAUCUUAGCCGACACAAGACACAGUCUCGAGAGGCGAAGUGCAGCAUGGCUGAAUGGUUGUGUUAGGCCACCAUGCCAGUGUUUUACACCCCAAUACCCCAGUAUCUCAGAGUGGGCCUGGCGCAUGCUAGUAAUGCCAUAUUUAUCAACAACAGAACAAGAGAUAGCGGUUAUCUGCAGGGACAUGGAGUUGAGAAUGAAGUUUCCAGCAAGAUUUCAUCUCACCUGCCUCUGCAGAUGCUCCUCUACUUCAACAUGUUCUUCUUUCCUUUCUGGUGGCUUUCUGAGAUCGCCAUGCUGGAUUUAAAGUUCACCCUACUGCCUGGAUACUACCAGUGUCUGAUCGUGGUUGGAAUGGUAAUAAUUAGCGUACUUGAGGUUCUCCGUGUGUACCUCGGCUACGUCGGGAACCUGAAAGAGAAGGUCCCAGAGCUUGCUGCUUUCUGGCUGAUCUCUCUAGUCUUCCAGCUGCCCAUCCUCCUCUUCUUCCUCACUGACGAAGGCUUGCUAAUCCUCCCUCUGGAGCGAGCAGUGCACUGUCUGUAUCUGGGCUUCCUCCUGUGUGAGGUGUUGUCCUCAUUUGUGGCUCUGAGGGUCAUGUCGCGGAAACUCGCCCUGCAGUUCCACCUCAGGCAAUUUGGCAGGACUGUAGACACUUUUUCUGUGUUCAGCUUUUCUUGUGGAAACAGGAGCGUGUUACCGGUGCUUCCGGUCAGAGAUGUCCAACCUAAGUGAUUGUACUCAUUUAAAGUUAUACACUGAUCAGGCAUAACAUUAUGGCCACUGAUGGGUCAAGUGAAUAACACUGAUUAUCUCCUCAUCAUGGCAGUGUCCUGUUAGUGAGUGGGAUAUAUUAGGCAGCAAGUGAACAUUUUGUCCUCAAAGUUGAUGUGUCAGAAGCAGGAAAAAUGGACAAGCGUAAGGAUUUGAGCGAGUUUGACCAAGGGCCAAAUUGUGAUGGCUAGACCACUGGAUCAGAGCAUCUCCAAAACUGCAGCUCUUGUGGGGGGUUCCUGAUCUGCAGUGGUCAGUAUCGAUCAAAAGAAGUCCAAGGAAGGAACAGUGGUGAUUCUGAGAAAGGGUCAUGGGCGGACAAAGGAGUUAAUGCUGCUUCUGACAAAAAUGUGUCAGAAUACACAGUGCAUGACGGGUCAGGGCUGUUUUGGCAGCUAAACCAACACCAUAUAUUACGCAGGUGGUCAUAUUGUUACGCCUGAUCACUGUGCAGCAACUGAACUGUUAAGGAAUUUAAAAAAAAAAAGCUUUGAAUUUGACCCCAAGGAGGUCUGGAAUAUUAGUUCAUUCAGGAUAUCUUUGUAGGUUUAUCGACAGAGAUAACUCAAGAUUAAUUUUUAAAAAUCAUUUUUAUAAAAUAUUUAGGAAGGACUUAAUGGAAAAAGUGCCUUAUUUGCAACGCUAGAUGUCGCUGUAAUCCAACCAGACUUGCUUUUUUUCUUUUCAUUUUCAGAAAUGAUAUUAAAAUUAAAUAUAGUCGUCCCACGUUAAUGUUCCAGAGAUUCUGAGUAGAGAUGAAAAAAGCAAAAACACGUAUGAUGAAAGA